GGGCCAGGCCUCACGUGAUCGCUCGCGGGCGCCGACUGAUGACGCAGGGCGCGCGCGGGGCGUUUCAGCCACUGGAGAAGCGGGCCGAGGAGCGGACUUGGGGUCUGGGCGUGCGAAGUCCGGGUAGAGACAGCUGAGCUCGGUGGGGCAGCCAGGUAACAAGUUCAAGAUGCCAGGGCGUUCCAGUUCCAGUUCAGGUUCCACUCGCUACAUAUCCUUCAGUGGUGUGGAGUCCGCUCUCUCCUCCUUAAAAAACUUCCAGGCGUGCAUCAGCUCUGGAAUGGACACAGUUUCUAGUGUUGCCUUGGACCUCGUGGAGACUCAGACUGAAGUGAGUAGUGAAUACAGUAUGGACAGGGCCAUGGUUGAAUUUGCUAAAAUGGAUCGAGAACUAAGCCAUUACGUUAAGGCUGUCCAGUCUACGAUAAAUCAUGUCAAAGAAGAACGUCCAGAAAAAGUGCCAGAUUUGAAAUUACUGGUGGAGAAGAAGUUUUUGGCUUUACAGGAUAAGAAUUCUGGUGCCGACUUUAAGGACAAUGAAAAGUUUGUACAGUAUAAGCAGCAGCUUCGGGAACUGAAGAAGCAAUGAACUGCCAGGCUGUUUCCCACAGCGACGGCGCCAUUUUACAUUUCCACCAGCAGUGUAUGAGGGUUCCAAUUGCUCCACGUCCUCAGCCGGCACUUGUUACUACCUGUCCUUCUUACUGUAGCCAUUGUAGUGAGUGUGAAGUGGUGUCUCAUUGUUUCAGCUUACAUUUCCCUGAUGGAUUAAUAUUGUGGUGUUUAUAUUACUAACCUAGGGCAAAAGUAUAAAUCUAUGCUUUCAUAUGGAAACCACCUCAUAUUACUGGAUUGACUUUCUGAAACAAAACCAUAGCUCUACACCAGAUAAAUGUUGUUCAUGAGGUUAUUCUUGGAAAAAAAUAACCAUAAAGAAAAAAUGACUUGAAAUGAAGAUUGCACAUUUGGGACAUUCAUUCUACAGUAUGAAUUCACUCACAGUGCUCUUUAUCUGAGCAUAAUGCAGACAGCACUUGGGUUACGUCCACAGUGUGGUGUCACUAGGUAAACACUGCAAAGUGGAGGCCGGUGUCUCUGAUUUAGUCAGUGGAGAGUAAAGGGGGUUCAUAGGACAGUGAACCCUUCCCCCCACUCUGUCUCAGUGUGGGCCAAUAGCCAUCACCCGAAACUACUUAAACUAGCCGGGCCUUCAGACUGCUGUGUUGCUGUGAUGGCAGCAGGUACGACUGCAGAGGAGAGGAGAGCACCUCUGCUGACCCAUGUGCCUCUCUGUCCUUGGUGUCCAGCCCUUGCCUCUGUCUGGGUCUCUGAUGGUCUCCGCACCAGUUACACCUUCUGGCUCUUCCCCCUUUGGGGCUCCUAGUCUGGCUGUCCUCGUUUCUGUUGAGGAAAGAACGCCACGUGCAGCUUGGGAGUGUGAGUUUUACCAACUGUCUGUGUACAGAAGGAGAAAAGAAGGCUACUGAGCCAAAUUGAAAAGAUGCGCUCUCUAGAAAGUCUCGGGAUGCCUCAGGCAGCUCCCCCACGAAGGAGAGCUUCCGGGAAGACUGGCCCUCCUCUCGGGCGCAUACAGAGCCACACCCAGGGCUAAGCCUCCUGUACACUGUGCACUCCAUCUGGCACCGUGUGCAGAAGGCCCACGGGGACAAAGGAGGAAGUCGCCCCUCUAUGGUGUCACCUCUGUCUUAUCUGCUUCUCACCCUAAUGUGGGCUUAUGGAUCAGCUAGGGAGUGGCUGGAAAGAGUCACUCCAUUGGUUGUCAUAACUGAAUUUUGCCACUCCAAAGUAAAGGGAGGUGACCACUUUAGACACUUGAGAAGCUGGAGGAAGCCUUCAUGAAUCCUCUUUGACACUCUUUUGUUGAUUGAAAUACCGCUCUGGGUGAAGCAAGCACUUCAUGACCCAGUUAUGGUGUCACUUUUACUAAAGCGCCUGGGCCACUGGGUAGUCCUGAACUGUGUGCCUUCAGAACUGCCACGGAGGAGCCAAUAAUGGUCAUCGGUGUGUUAGUGGGAAUUGUAGUUUAGUUCUGAUUUUUAAAACGACCAGCCCUCAAGUAAUGGAAAAAUAAAUGAUAGAAGGUACUUACUAAAUUUUCCUGUGUGCUAAGCAUUAUGUGACUAGCCAGGCAUAGGCUCCCAUUUCUUUACCAUAGCCCUCUGAGAUGACACAGUUGUGCUUCACGUGAGGUGUAAUGAAAGUUGGUACUUGCUAUAUCCAAUUUGCCCCAUCCAUAGCUCAACACCCAGCUGUCUGUGGACCAGACAUAGUGAAUGGGAUGGGUCCCCACUCCCCUAUACCCUAUGAGGAAUGGAGAGGAGGAGGUAUAUGAGGGGAGAGAGGCUAUUGAAGGAUGAUGAUAACUUACCCAAAUUCAGAAGCUAACUGAUGGGUUUGGCUGUGGUGGAGCUUAUUUUGUUUGGCUUUUGAGUUUUGCUGUGGUGAUUUGUACAGAAAGCUUCAGAUUCCUUUCCUCACAUUGCUGCUCUUAGACAAGAGGGAAUGAUGGCCAAGGAGAAGCCAACUCACUUAUUGAGUACGAAAAUUAUCAAAUGUGCUUCUGUGGAACAAAAAAAUGGAUUUGAAACUUUGCUUGUUCUUUUCUAUUAUGAAAUUGAAAUAAAAAAGGAGUGUUACUUGUA